GAUUCUCUUUAGACUUUCAUGCCGUUUUAUUGCUGUCAGAGCUUGCUUGUGGCGGAUCGGGAGGCCGAAGAUAUGAACUACUAUCGUAAUGCUAACAAAGAUGUAGCCCCAAGGAACAGCUUUAGACACCGAAUAGUUACUAAAGAAAUGGCAUUUUACUGCUUUGAUAUCUUAGCCAUGCAUCUAGGCUUAUAUCAUCAUCACGAACCGCCUUGGCCAAACUUCCCAAACGAUGAGUUCCCCCUCUUUGUCACUUGGAAGAUUGGCCAAGAUCACAGACUACGAGGUUGUAUAGGAACAUUUACUGCAAUGCGACUACACAAAGGUCUUAGAGAAUACACCCUUUCCAGUGCCUUAAGAGAUAGCCGAUUUUCUCCAGUAACCAAAGAGGAACUAUCAUUCCUUUUCUGUUCUGUGUCAGUUUUGACUAAUUUUGAGGAAAAUGUCAAUUGUGUAGACUGGGAGAUUGGUGUUCAUGGUAUACGGAUAGAAUUUUAUAAUGAUAAAGGUCACAAAAGAACUGCUACUUACCUUCCAGAAGUUGCCAAAGAACAAGGUUGGAAUCAAAUCCAGACCAUUGACUCCCUGCUGAGGAAAGGUGGCUUCAAAGGAACCAUAACCCAAGAAGUGCGCAACUCUAUCAAAGUGACCCGUUAUCAGAGUGAAAAAGUCACCGUGGAUUACAAGGAAUACCUUGCAUCCAAACAAUGUACAUGACAACUGUGUAGUCUAGGUCUAACAAAUUUAGGCAACUAGAUCUGUGAAUACCAUUUUCAAAGAUGUUAAUAAUAAUUAUCAAUUCACUUCUUGUUAUAUUAUAUAGUGCAAGUCAUGUAUAUUUAUUGACACAGCCAGUGUCAUGAGAAGCAGAGCAGCUUUCUUUUUGCUGCUUUCAAGUCUCGCAGUCAUUGGACGUUUUGAAAACAGUAAUCCGAAAGCUGCAUGCAAAGCUUAGUUUGUGUGGGAAUCACAUUGCAAUUCAAUUAUACUUCAAAAUCUUUUUAAUAGCCCUAUAACAAAGGUAAAACUGCAACAGUGGAAAAAUAACCAAUUGAAAGUGUUCAUGAUUUUAACAAAACUCCUCUUUAACAACUGAGUUGAUUUUUUUUGUUUGUUAAAUUAAAUUAUAGUUAAUAAUUUAACUUUAAGUUUGUUAUAAUAUUUUCACUCUUACAAUUUAUGGUCCUUAAUAUAUCAGAAAUCUGUAUAAAACCCUUUGGGUUGGUUAUUUAAACAAAGUCUAGCUUUUUUCUUUUAACAAAACUGCAUUCUAAGCCAUCUUCAGUUUAGCCAAACCUUUUUCUGAACACUUAUUUUUGUCAGCAAUGUCAAGAUGGCUGAAAGCUAAUAGGGGAAGUAAAUUUUUAUUAAUUAAAUCAAUCCUCUUACAGAGAAUCCCUGAGGCCCACUGCUUGUGUAAACCAUGGUUUGGGUUAGACCUUAUGAAAGUAACCAGCCCUUUGGGUGAAAUAUUUACAUAUGUUUACACUCGGAUAGAAAUAUUGUACUAUUUUUUCAGUCAACCAUAGACACACCUUUGUUCUAAUACGACGAUAAGGUUAUUGUCAUUUUUCAACUGUUUUAAGUUACAGAUUUUUUACUUGGCGGUGUCAAGCACCUCAUUUACAGUUAAUAGUUCUCUACUAAAAACAGUCAACUCUCAACUAAUGGAUACCCUUGUAAGCAUACAAUUCUACUUACCAACACCCCUUUUUUUCACAAUUUCAGUUUCUUUCUCUGGGUCAAACUCUGUAUUUACACAUUCGCAUAGGCAGACAUUAUGUGAGAAGUGGACGUGGACACAUUUAAAGUAAAAGUUAGUUUUUUCUUUUGUUUACACCCUCUCGUAAGCAGACACCCCAAGACCAUGCAUAAUAAUUGGCAAUGAAAUUUGUCUUGAAUUUGCAAAUCAACAAAAAUAUGACCUUUGACAGAGCAACAGAACAGUGGAGAUCAGUUUUGUCAAAUCUCCGUUUUUCAGCAAGAAAGGAAGCUGUCCAUUAGUUUGACAACAAUAAGAGUCUGACCCAACACUCCUCCCCUCAAAUGACAUCCAACCUAUUUUUUCUGAGUGUCCUCCUUUGGGAGUAAUUCGCAUAAGCAGACAGUUCUGCUUUUGGACCUUUUUUCCAAUUCUUGAGGAUGUCCUUUUAGAAGAGAGUUGACUGUAGUUCUGCUAUUGUUUUUCAGCUUUCUGAUUAAGUGAGUUGCAUUUUUUUUGUGCUAGCACACAAUUUGGUAUCAAGAGGCCAACUAUAUAGCAUAUAUCUUGGUGUAUUUACCACCAAAUCUAAGGUGGGUUUUGACAACUUUUUGUUUUUUUCAGAAAUUUUCUUUUGCAAUUUGUCGUUUUGCUCUUCUUUCGAGCAUCUCAGAAUUUAUCCUUUCGUAUUUACCAAAACUACAAUGUAGCUAGGAUAACAUCUGUAUUUCAUAGUUAGUGCUACAAAUUGAAAAUUGCAUUUCAUUGAGUUGUGUUACCACAGUGUGGUACUUAAUUAGGUAAUAUUUGCAUGAAAAAUUUUGUAUUAUCAAUUAAUAUUUUUUUUCAAAUUCUACAGUCAGUUGCUAUUAAUAAUGUCAUAUGGCAGAUAUUUGUAAGACUUUCUGCACACUAUGACCAUAAAGAAAAGGGAUGAGGAAUAGGUAUUAGGGAGGAAAGAGCCAUAGCUGAUAUUAAUUACCAGAUUGUUUCUUUUUUCAUUGUUACCACCAUUUUCCCUGGUUACUAUUCUUUUUAGGUAUGAACAUUUCACUUACACCUGGCUCUGGUUAGAAAUCCUUUGUGGGAAUGUUAACAUCAGUUCUUUUUUUUUUUUUUUUUUUUUUUUUUUUUUUGACUAGACAAGUAUUGUGUUGUAAACAGCAAAAGAAGUCUCUAUUUCUCAAAAGUUAGAAAAAGUUUCAUGUUUCCUAUCUAUUCUUCCAAGUAUUUUUUUUUCUAACACCACUAGUCUAAGAAUAACAGGGUAUUCAACCUUCCUUUUUUUUAAUUACAAUCAAAGGGGCAAGGUGCACCCAUUUUAGGUGAUUCUAAUACUAUUCAACUAGCCAAUUUAUUUAAAAGAAAAUCCAAGUGAACAUAAAAACUGAAAAUUAUAGUGAGAUUAACCUUGAAGACAGACAGACUUUUCAAAAUCUGCAAGAAAUCAGACAUACUUUUGCAAAUAAUUUAUGUGAAAGGGAAAAAUGAUGGCUGACCUAAAAUAAUGGCAACUGGCCCCUUUCUGUCACCUACAAGAACAUUUUCUCUUUUCCUACAAAUCUUGUCUUUCCCAUGUAUUUUAUCAUUUGCCAUUAGCCGUUACCCCUUGCUGUUGACUAGUAUUCACUUUUUUUUCAUUAAUGUCAAAACUAUAUUCUUGACUUUGCUGUUCUUUCUUCUAAUAUUAAAAGGUUGAAAUGAAGUCAUUUCAGAUUUGAUGUGCUUUAAUUUUUUCUCUGACUAAAUGAAGUAAGAAAUGUAGCUUGAUGCAUCACAAAGAAGAUACCAGUAGGUGGUCAUCAACCAUUUUUAAUUGAAGUCAAUUUUAAUCUGAAGAUGAAGGAUAAUGUCAUUUUCAAACGCUUUCUUGAAGCACAAGAUCUCUAAAAAAUUGCAAAUAUGUCGAGAGGUAGUCCCAAACUCUGAAAAAGUGAUAGAACAUUUCUCUCCUGAAAAUUAUUCAUUUCAUCAAGUUAACUCUUUUGGGGGCAUCUGCACGUGCCAUUUCCCAUAAGAGCAAUAAAGGUGAUGCUAUUUGUUGGUAGAACAGUGUACAAAUUAUUAUUUUAAAGGCAGGAUGGUUUACAAACAUCUAUGGUGGCUCUAAUGAGGCUGUUUCACUGUCUUUUACUAGCAUGACUUUAUGGAUUGAAACAUUACACUUUCUUUGUUUCCAUUGAAAAGUUUUGUUCUUUUACAUAAUGAGAAAAGUGAAAAACUCCUCUCCUCUCACAAGAGACAAAAAGAUAGAGUAGGGCACUAUCGCAAGCUGACCCAUUUUUACUCAGAGUCAUAUUUAAUCGUUGCUUUAGAGAUUUAAUUCACACUGUUACAGACACCUUAGAUAAGAAACACCCUUAAGAUACGAUAUCUUUACGCACUAAACUAAACUGAACUCAGCGGCACACAAUUUUAACUAAUAAUAAUACAAAUUUAAUGCUCAAAAUGAGCUGGUACUGCAUCCUGCUCUGCAGAACUUCUCGUAAACGAAGCUGAUAGUAAACCAAUUACAUCACAAAAACAGAGUUCAUGUUAAUUUUAAGCAAGAUUGUUAAAAGAAAUUUUCAAACCAGUAAUUAAAAGCAAUGAUGCUUUUUCACAUUUCAUUACAUCCAUUUUGAAAUUGCUGGCAAUCCUUGUCAUCUGAUUGGCUCUCAUUGGUGCAAUGUAUUCAAUUACAGUCACUGUGAUAUUAUAAAUAUUAUCAAGAGUUCUAAGAUAUUUCAGGCAAUAAGUCGGAGAGGUACAAAAUUUUACCCAGUUACCAACAGAAGAGGAGAACUCUGAAAUACCCUUGAUAAUUUUCACUAUCACUACCACAUAUUUAAUUUUGCAAAAUUAAAAAUUAAUUUUGCAAAUAAUUUAAUAUUUUCAAUGACCUAUCAGAGCAGAAUAUUUAAAUUAGCCAAUAAACAAACUGGAAAAAUAUAAAUAGUGUCCAAAAUUAAUGUCCAUCUUUUUCAAAGAUAGUUAAAUGAAUUAAUUAUUCCAAGUUUAAAAUUAAAAAAA